AGCGAUUGGCCGGCGCCGGUCAUGUGGCCGGGCGAUCGUGAACAUGAACUUUUUAUCAUUUCCCUGGUGGUUAUAAUGCAGCAUUCUUUUGGACACCACACCUAGGUCGGAGCACUGUCGUCCUUCAGGGCUCCAGCCUCUUGAUAUUUUUAUACUUCAAUAUCAGCUCAAUAGAGCUAAAGAGGGAGAGUAAGAGAGAGGGGGGAGUGGAGAGAAGAGAGAGAGAGAGAGAGAGAGGGAGAGAGAGAGAGAGAAGGAGGGGUGGGAAUUACACAAAAGAGAGAACCAAAAAUAAUUUUGAUUCCUAAGUUAAUUUGCUUGCUGAUCUGGGAUUUUUAGUCAUCAUGAAGGGUAAAUGGACACUCUGCUCAGGACUGCAGCCUGGUAUAAUUUUUCAAAGCCAGAACUUACUCCAUUUUCUAUGCAAAUGUCAGAAAAGCGAAACAAUCUCUUCCCCAAGUCUGAGAAGGGGAAGCGACGGCUCUCAGGUUGGGACAAUAUUAUCUGGAAGCUGAAGAAGAAACCGAACGCUCCUUUUCCCCCCUCCCUCCCAACCCCUUUGAAUCCGGAAGGGGGGGAAAUCCAAGUUCUACAAAGCUAAAACCCAAUCUCGGAUAUACUACUAAUAGGCGCGGCGCUCGGACUAUAAAACACAACAAAUCAUAAAGCCGGCGGCGGAGCAGCAGCGGGCCGCGCGCGCCUCCCCUCCCGAUGAGUUCCUAUUUCGUGAACUCCACCUUCCCCGUCACUCUGGCCAGCGGGCAAGAGUCCUUCCUGGGCCAGCUGCCGCUCUACUCGUCGGGCUAUGCGGACCCGCUGAGGCACUACCCUGCGCCCUAUGGGCCCGGGCCGGGUCAGGACAAGGGCUUUGCCGCUUCCUCCUAUUACCCGCCAGCCGGCGGGGGCUACGGCCGAGCGGCUCCCUGCGACUACGGCCCCGCGCCGGCCUUCUACCGCGACAAGGAGUCGGCCUGCGCGCUCUCCGGCGCCGACGAGCCGUCCCCGUUCCACCCCGAGCCGCGCAAGUCCGACUGCGCGCAGGACAAGAGCGUGUUCGGCGACACGGAAGAGCAGAAGUGCUCCACUCCCGUCUACCCGUGGAUGCAGCGGAUGAAUUCGUGCAACAGUUCCUCUUUCGGGCCCAGCGGUCGGCGAGGCCGCCAGACCUACACGCGCUACCAGACCCUGGAGCUGGAAAAGGAAUUUCACUACAAUCGCUACCUGACCCGGCGGCGACGCAUCGAGAUCGCGCACGCCCUGUGCCUGACUGAGCGGCAGAUCAAGAUCUGGUUCCAGAACCGGCGCAUGAAGUGGAAAAAGGAGAGCAAACUGCUCAGCGCGUCUCAGCUCAGUGCCGAGGAAGAGGAAGAAAAACCAGCCGAGUGAAGGUGCUGGAAAGGGAGGGGGGACGCGGAGGGAGAGAGGCCUGCGGGGAAUGGAGGGCACCCGAGAGCGAGGGUGGCUCUACGGGCGAGGGAGCCUGGGGACCCGAUCUCCUGCGCCAGACAGGAGGGGCCUAGCGCGCUCCCCGACGCCCCCGCCCGCAGAGCUCUCGCUGCGCGCUCAGAGGCGGCGCCGCCCGGAGCCCAGUCGGCACCCCAACGCCUCCUCCCUCCCCGAGGAACCCGCCUGGGCCCCCCCCCCCCAGCAGGCUCCCCAGUGAGAACUGAGAAUCAGACUCACUUGAUGUUUCCUGGAAGCGGAGCAAAAUGCUGUUGUCCGUGUCGAGUCUCAUUUCGUCCUUGUCCCCCCCACCCCCAGUGCACGGUUCAAUGGUAGAUUCGCUGGCCCCUCAGCAGGGGCCUCGAAGACUCCCUCACCCCAGACUUGUCUCUCCCAAACCCUCCCCAAAGCCACUGGAAGGAGCACAUACUACCUAGAAGUAAGAAGAAGAGUCUCAGAAGAAAACAAAGUUCUAUUUUAUUAAUUUUCUAUGUGUUGUGUUUGUAGUCUUGUCUUAGCUCUGGCCGUGACAUACUUCGGUAAUAAUAUUAAUAUUAUUAUUAUUAAUGAUGAUGAUGAUAAUAAUAAUAAUAAAGACGUGAAAACUC